AUGAAAGCACAUUAAAUUCCAAGACUUUUUUGUGUUGCAGACUACUAAAAAGAAAAUUUUUAUUGUGCGCCAAAACAUUAAAGAGUAUAAUCAUCUCUAGCCAUAAGAGAAAAAUCAUCAAAUUCAUUUCAUUCUAUAAUGCCUCCUCAAUAACCUCAAUUGAAAUUAAAUGAAGAAUAGAGCAAUAGAAUUAGAGAAGGAUUUUAAAGAGUAAAAACAGAUUCAAAUAUGCCUAUGCCUUUAAAAAAUGGAAGAAAUUUGAGUAUUACAAGUGGAAUCACUACAAUUUUAACUUAUAAGACAUUUUAAUUACCCUAAAAAAUAGAAAAUCCUUAAAUGGUAAAUACAUAUAAAAAUGAAAUUGUUACAUUUAUGAGAGAAAGAAGCGUAAUUAAUAUUUUAAAUUAUAGUGUAAAUCUAAUUUUAAAAUGACCGCUUUCAAAUUUUAAACAGAAAUUACAGAAAAAAUGCGCAGUAUUCUAUUAGAUUGGUUAAUAGAUGUACAUCAUAAAUUCAAAUUAGAACCAGAAACAUUAUUUUUAACAAUAUCAAUAAUUGAUAGGUAUUUAUUACCUAAAUUUGAGAGUACUUGAAUUACAUCAGAUACCAAAAUCUAAAUUUUAACUUUAUGGAGUGGCAGCAUUAUUUAUAGCAUCCAAAUACGAAGAAGUAUACUCUGUUCCUCAUGUAAGAGAUUUAGUUUAUGUAUGUGAUAAUGCAUAUCCUAAAGAAGAAAUACUAUAAGCAGAGGGUAAAAUUAUUUCUCUUCUUUCCUUUGAUUUUUUAUCUACAAGUACCUACAGAAUGUUAAACAUAUAUUAAGAAACAGCAAAACUAGAAUAAAAAAACUUUAUGCUUUGUAGGUAUAUUUCAAUAAUACUUUUAGAUACUUAAUAGAACUUUCAUUAUUAGAAUAUCCUAUGAUUCAAUAUUCAAAUAAUGUAUUAGCAAGUGCAGCUAUUUAUUUAGUUCAUAAAAUCAGAAGAAUUCAUCCUUCUUGGAGUUUAGACUAGAUGGUUUCAAUAACUGGCUUAAAUGAAAUAGAUAUCAGAACAUGCGCAAAAGAAAUGUGUAAUCUUUUAUAAGGGCAGGAUAAGAAACAAUUUAAUUCAUUAAGAAAAAAGUUCUCUUUACCUAAAUAUUUAGAGGUUUCAAAAAUUAGAAUUGAAAAAAGACCCUCUUAAAACUUUUAAACACUCCAAUAUUGA